UGUUCGCUUUUUGACACCAGCUGACAGCUAGUGGUCGAUACCAUUUUAUUUUACAGUGGUCGUAAUUCUGAUAAAUAAACCAAUAAAAUGGCCUGCAAAAUCUGUGGUCCUAAGCUGUCGCUAUGCGGGCUUGUACUGAGCGUCUGGGGAAUCAUACAAUUGACUUUGAUGGGCGUCUUCUAUUAUAUCAGAGCAGUGGCUUUGUUAGAAGAUCUCCCUCUUGAAGAGCACCACCACUCUAUGGAAAGUUUCAUCACCAACGUUGAGACUGGAUACACUCAGAAUGCCUACAACUGUUGGAUCGCUGCUCUGCUAUAUGUCAUCACACUUGUUGUAUCCGGACAUCAAUUCUGGAUGAACAACCGUUCUUCAGUUAGUAUGUAAAAGUUGGUACAAAAGUGGUAUUGUCAUCUAUGCUACUAGCGCGGGGGUAUAAGUUGUUAUGUUACUGUUGAAUAACUCCAUUCCAUUAAUAAUUUAUUUAUAUUAGCUCUUUGAGUCAGUUUCCAAAAUGUUUAUCGAGUCCUCUUCUAUUUGUAACAUUGCACUAUUUGAAGAGGGCUUCACCCUAGCUUACUGGCCAUGAUUGGGAAUCUGUGGUCAAAAGGUUCUUACCAGCCAAUUACUCAAUGUCACAUUUGACCACAGAUAAAAUAGAUAUCAUCCAUGUGUUAAAGUUAGAACUAUAGACAUAAGUUAACAACACAUGAAGGUUGUCAUAAAUUAGCAUUUAAUGAAAAAAAAUUGUUUACAUCCAAAGUAAUUUAUCAAUGUUCUUAAAACAUGACUCCAUGUAUAAAUAAAUUAAUUCUAUUUAAAGUAUUUAAAAGAAAACCACAUAGUAUGAUCAAUGCUUUACCUUCCAUGUCUGUUGUCCUGUAUAAAACUAUUAAGAUUUACCCUAUUGUUAAUAGAUGCUUUGGAAGUCUCGACAAUGACAACAACAGACGCAGGACACUAAGUCGAAAGUUGGGUGAAUAGGUUUUCAACUUUAUAACAAAAUCAUAAGGUUGAAAAUUUAUUAUAACACCUUGACCACUGAAUUUGUCGUUAUCAAUGUCGAGACUACCCUGCAUUGCUUAUAAUGUGAAUGGUUAAUAAUUAUUUAAGUAUCAAGUGGUUCCAACAUAAAAUCAAUGUAUCAAAUUGAGUAACAGAAAUUAUUGUGCAUAAGUAUUACAAAUGAAUGAAUGCUAUAAAUUGUACAUAAUAUAUUCUAUUAUUGUAGGUACUACAUUGCUUAGUUUUUCUUGAAGUAAAGGUAUUGAUGUUGAA